AUGGACGCUCAAGAUAUCGUUUCAAACAUCGCCUUCACCACGUCGGGGUCGCUCGUAGACUGCGUCGACAAGAAGAUGCUAGUGGUGUUGAGAGAUGGCAAGAAACUCAUUGGCGUCCUGCGAUCGUAUGAUCAGUUUGCCAAUCUCGUGCUGCAAGACACAGUCGAGAGAGUGUUUGUCGGUAACCGCUACGGAGACAUUGCACGCGGCGUCUUCCUCGUGCGAGGUGAAAACGUGGUCCUGAUGGGCGAGAUUGACCUGGACGCGGAAGACGAAGUUCCGCCCUCGAUCGCAGCGCCAUUGCCGCCAUCAGCCCUACCUCAGCUCCUCGCGGCCAAGGAGGCCGAAGCGGAAUCAAAAGCAAAGAGCGAAGCCAAGAAGGCCGACAUCCUCCGUAUAGCACGUGGAUUCUGCGCAGACAAGAGCGGAGACGGCGACAUGUACUAG